CUCUGACUCUGGUUUGUUUCCAGGCAGGGGUUAUGAGUCUCAAUGAAUACGCGACGACGCCACGGUCCCUCCAGUACUGAGCAGGGAGUCUACCUCGGGCCAACACAGACGCAAGUCCUCACUUCCAAAUCCCUCCCUUCGGUCCCGGUUGCUUCUGGCCCAGUGCCCCCGUUUCAGGAAGAGAUCAUGUCGUGCCGCGACCGCACGCAGGAGUUUGUUGCUGCUUGCAAGUCCAUGCAGAGCAGGCAGAAUGGGCUGCAGGUUAACAAACCUCUCCUGAAUGCUGUGCGCCAGCGGAGUGAGUUCACCACCAUGGCAAAACGGAUCGGUAAAGAUUUGAGUAACACAUUCUCCAAGCUGGAAAAGCUGACCAUAUUGGCAAAGCGGAAAUCCUUGUUCGAUGACAAAGCUGUCGAAAUUGAGGAGUUGACGUACAUCAUCAAACAGGAUAUAAACAGCCUGAACAAGCAGAUCGCACAACUACAAGACUUUGUGAGAACCAAGGAGAGCCAAAAUGGCCGACACUUACAGACGCAUUCCAACACCAUUGUGGUCUCCCUGCAGUCCCGGCUGGCCUCCAUGUCGAAUGAUUUUAAGUCGGUUCUCGAAGUGAGGACAGAGAAUCUCAAAAUGCAGAAAAACAGAAGAGAGCAGUUCUCACAUGCCACAGUUUCAAGCCUCCCGCCAUCAGCUGCGAAUGGUUAUGGUGGGUCAGUGUUGCUGCAAGACGAUGCACGCAGAUCAGGGGACAUUGCCAUUGACAUGGACACCAAGACCAGCCAGCAGCUUCAGCUCAUCGACGACCAGGACACUGAGCUGAACGUGGCGGCGGCGCACACCGAGAUCCUCAAAUACUUCCAGUCCGUCGCCUCCAACCGCUGGCUGAUGGUCAAGAUCUUCCUCAUCCUCGCUGUCUUCUUCACGUCUUUGUGCCCGCCCUGCAGGAUCGAUGCCAACGUGGAGGACACUGAGCUGAACGUGGCGGCGGCGCACACCGAGAUCCUCAAAUACUUCCAGUCCGUCGCCUCCAACCGCUGGCUGAUGGUCAAGAUCUUCCUCAUCCUCGCUGUCUUCUUCAUCGUCUUUGUGGUGUUCCUGGCCUAGGACCAGCUCCUGCCCCAUCCCUACUCGCCCAACCUGAAUCGGCAACCCUCCUCCAGAUUCCUCACCCCAUCCUACUACCCCCUCACCACGACCUGAGAGAGAGAGGCCAUGGGACUUGAAGGCUGUGGAAACACCAGGCGGCAGUGUCUGAACGUACCCGUUGCUGCCGUCUGCGGGUUGCCGAGUCUGGGCCGGACACAGAGAAAGUUCCAGAAAUCGCCGGAGCCGGUAGGGCUAUCCACCCUCUCGCCCAUUGUUUGAGGGGCACUGACCUGCCCGUUACCCUCCAUCUCAACCCUCCAGUGUUUCCUUUGCUCUCUUCCUUCCUGUUCUGUCCACUCUGUUGGCUGACCCUGAGAGCUGGCCGGGGGGGAGCGACCGGUGGGAGCUUGCAUUCAGCCCAGAAUGGGCACACCCAGCGGCAGUCUGAGGGCGCCUGGUUUGGGUUUUUAACAUGUGUGUGCCCCAGCCUGACCACAUCUCCUUGUGCUGCGCCCCCCCCCCACUUCUCUGGCUUUGCCCUCACCAGCUGCUGGGUCCUUUUCCAGAUCAGCUUCAGAAGGUGUUCCUCCAGUUUUAGCUGGUGAAUGAUGCUGAGCUGUCAAGUUGAGUGCAGCCUGAUCUGUGUUGUUCUCCCCGCCCUCCUCCUAAAGGACUGGUUUUAAUUGUAACCCCUAAUCCACUUCACCCCACCUGUCCCCCUGGAUCCCGUGUAUGGACAGUGUCAUAACCCGCGGUCGGGUUGUGGGACGGCCGGGUUUCGAAUCUGCCGGGACAUGUGCCCCCUGCUCACCCUCUGCCUGCGUUCCUGCCCUCCCCUGUGCAAGGUUUGAGCUGUCCCUUUAAUUCUCCUCUGGCUGGGUGCAUUCCCCACCCACCAAAAAUCCAUAUCAGGUGCUGGGCAGUGCCAGGCAUCGGUCACAGGGCAUCCUGGCUCAUUUCCUCACCCAAAAGGGGGAAGCUCAGCCCGGUGCUCCCCAGGCCUGGAGGGCUUUGAGAAUCUUGGAUGGUGAGGUGUCCCAGUGAGGGUUCAGGGUGUGGGGGGUAGCGGGAUCAGUGGGUAGUGACCAAGGGGGCACGACCCCCUUGAUUGACUUCCUGUCCAUUCCGAGCACUCUCCAAUCUCCCCGCUGUUGAGAAGAGGAGACAUUGAAAACACAAGAAAAUGAGUCCCUUACAGACGACGGGAUGAUUCUGUAAAAUGUCUACCUUCGUUCACGUUUAUAUAAACUAGAGAGCAGUGGAAGGGGACUGUGGAUUAGAUAGCCACAAUCAACCAGGAUCUGUUCUGAAGGCACAUUGAGGGAAAUUUGGGAGUAAUUCCCUCCUAAAUGUGUCAGUCACGGUUCACUCGUUCGGUGUUGAGUGUUUGCUUCUCCUGACUUCACCUUGCUGUCUUCCAAGGUUGGAGAUGGAAGGGGAAUGCGUCGGCCGAAAAACCCUUUCCCCUCGAUAGCUGCUUAAUCCCAAAUGUCCACCCGUCAUUGUGCUUUGGCUGGGAGCAGUGCUGAUGGAAUAGGAUCCCUUUGGGUGUGAAGCUGAGCAAAGGGGCCAUCCCGUCACAUUGCCCCUCCUGAAGGGUACCCACUCCCGCCAGGUCGGUCUCCAAGGCCCCAGUGCACUGGGUGAGCUGCAGCUGCCUACCCGCAGGGGCAAGGGAAUAACAAACAGGUUUCACCCCCAUCUCUCAAGCUGCCCUGGGUGUCAGGGAAUAGGGGGACACCAGGAGGAGUCAGUGCCUCAAGACUGGGCCUCGAGGCGCUGACCACCCGUUCAGCACUGAAACACCAACUAAUACACACCUCGGCAUCAGUGCUGCUGACUUUGGGAAUGCUUCCGUUUACUUUGGCGAGGACGUUCCCUUCCGUUCCGGUCAAUUCUGAUUUUAAAGCAAAUGUGAUUAUUCCUCUCCUUUAAGAUGUAGCAAGUUGUUAUUGAGCCAGGCUGCUGUGCUUGCGCCAGUGUAAUGCUCGUCAGGUUUGCCUUGACAGCUGCAACCCACCCAAAUGGCCCCGGGGGUUAAUCCUUUUGCCCGUGUAUCUCCAGGCCCCGCGGGUCCAGGGGAUGAGCCUGUGCCAGUUCCAUGGGCGCAACAGAUUCCCAUGCAGGUUGCUCGCAAUGUCCCGCUGGCAAACCGAAGCGAUCUCCCUGAAAAGAGAGAGACUCCAGUUUCUCAGCAGAUUCACCCCCACUCCCUCGAGUGAAACGACUCGCUUCCCUCCCCCCCCCCCCCCUCAACCCUUGCCCAGGCGGAGAGGAGGGAGGGAGAUCAGCUGAGCUUGCGUGUCCAACAGCGCUCGAGGUCUCGAAAGCAGUCCCCUCAUUGUGCAUGUUGGAGCUCCGUUUUCCAUCCAAGGCGGGAUGGCAAGUUUGUACAUGUGGUGUAUUUUCCCCCCACCUCCCACAAAGCCCCUUCCCAACACCCUGAAAAGAACUGGACCCCCCCCCCCCGGGCCCUCCUGCUGUAAAUGAAACCUUUUCUGCUCUUUGUUAAUGGAGCAGGUUAGUGUGAACUGUAUAGAACUGUACAUAAACGACCUGCUUGAUAUGUGUAGGUUAGUUUUUAAUUCAUGUUUUCAUUCUUGUAAAUCUCUGAAGUUACUGUGAUCUGGGUCACACCACCACUCCCUCCAGCUCUGUGCCUGCUUUCCUGUUAUGCUCCCUUACCUCUGUCACAGUAUUAAAGUCAGAAUCUCUCCCUGCACUACGUCCAUGUAGUGCACAGAUUUGUUAUUGGUCUUACUUCACACUUCCUUCCCACCAUCAUCGCCAGUUUUCCUAUUCCUUUUAAGACCGUUUACACUUAGCGGCAGAGAGAGCUGCUUGAUACUGACCAAAGGCGUAAAGGGCAUGUUCUCCCUCCUGCUGCUGCUGCCAUGCUCUGUGAUCCAGCCAUUACACAAUCUCUUUCCCACCUCCGCCCCCACCCCAAACAAAAAGCACCUGACAAACUGUACCAGUAACAAUUAAACCGAUGAUUUGUGUGCUGUACCAGGCCAUCUGUGCAACCUUGCUUAUCCCAGGGAGUGACCUCUGCACAGGGUGAGGCUGGCGAGAGGACACCCCCACAUCCUGCCACUUGAAAGCCCUGUCAGAUGUGGAGGGCUUGACUGGUGGUGAGCAGACAGCACUCAGCUCUGAGAGAGCAGCAUCUUCAAGUGGCUACUUUGUCAGCUCCGGGGUGCUCCUCCGUGGUGGAGCUCGACUGUAAUAUAAGCACUAAAUUUAUUUUUUGAAAAAUGUAUAAUAUGACUUAAUUUCAGCCCAAAGAUUACCCCACCCUGCCCCAAUAAAGCAUGUCAUGCAACAUCUUUAGAAUCA